CAGCUUACGACGCUCCGAAAGCAUUUCAAGGUCACAGACCAGCAGCGCAGGCUAGAGCUUGCUGCCAAGUACAGCGAUAUUCAGAAGAAGCCAAAGAACCAGAGCACCCAGGCCUGGCUGGACGAAUACUCGCAGAUCACAUCUCAAUGUGCUCAGGAGAGCAUGCCAGAGAUGACAGAGACCCAAGCACAGUGGCAAUUCAUCCAUGCUGUACGGGACUUAGGAGAUGAGGCAUGGGCUCAAGCCCAGUUCCUCGCCAUGGAGCAAGGCGAAUCAAAUGCCCUUCUGCCAACUCCUACCCUGCAGGAUUUGAUCAGCCAGUAUCAACAAACGGUACCUACAGCCCAAAACGCAACUCAGCCACUAGGAAGCUUUACAUCUCUGUCCAUCACGGAGCCCAAGCCGAACAAUCACCCAAAGAAGGACCGAUCAACGGGCAGGUUUAAGGACUUUGAGCCUAGCACAAAGGCCUUAUCUAAGCUUGUUGUAUCCUUUCAAAACAAGGAUACGCUUAAGAAGGUCAAGAAGGCCUACAAGGACGCCGGCAUACGAUGGACGUUCGACCUAGAGAAAGCUAAGGCUGAGAUAGCUAAACGCAAAAACUCCGCAUCACGUCAUGCUCAUCAGGCCGAUACUGCUUCAGACUGUAGCUCCGAUGGAUACGCGUCCAAUACAGCCUGUCUCAAGCAGCCCUUGCAGCUGCUGCAGUCCAAUACUGCACUAUCGCUGCACGCUCAAUCGCUGCAGCACCGAUGGGUCAUGGACCCUGGAUCAGACGUUCAUAUCUGCAACAAGGCAGGAUCUAAUUGGAAGCAGAUAAAGCUUCCUUCCUCUCAAGACACUGUACAAGCAGGCUGUAACUCAUAUUAG